GUCUGCGCCCAGCCGCCGCCUGCUCCACGAACCUCCUACCCCGCCCCCACUCACCCGGCUCAGCCCCUAGGAGAGACGCGCAGGGAGCGUGUUGCUUCGCCCAGCCGAGCGGCAGAAGUUAAGAGGAGUUGGUGGCUCCCUUUGGCCGGCCGGACUUUGCGAUCAGAGCAGCCGGGAGAGGAGACGCCGCCGCCGCCGGGCCUUCGGGGCUGCCUCCCUCCUGCUUAGCCCGCAGCGCGGGUGGAGAGGGGCGGGGAGGGGGUCGGGCGCGCGAGAACAACUUGAAACUGUGUGAAGGAAUCCGAAGCAGAUGAGAAGGAAGGAAAAUAAAACAAAGUGGAGACUGCAGAAAAGGCUCAACCGUGGUCGAUUGUAUCGGCUGACGCUCCAGCGGAGGGGCUGGGUUCGGUUUUUUUUUUUUUUUUUUCCUCCCAUUCUCUUUCUCUCUCUCUUUUAAAGCUACACCAGCUCUCUCUUUCUCUACUAUCUCUGUAUCACCAAACCCUUGCUGGCUCUUAUGGGCAUGAAACACUCCUCCCGCUGCCUGCUCCUAAGGAGGAAAAUGGCGGAGAACGCAGCCGAGAACACCGAGGUGAACAGUCUCCCCUCGCAGCCCCCCCAGCCUGUUGUCCCACCCAAGCCUGUGCAAUGUGUCCACCAUGUGUCCACUCAACCCAGCUGCCCAGGACGGGGCAAGAUGUCCAAGCUGCUGAACCCGGAGGAGAUGACCUCCAGAGAUUAUUACUUCGACUCCUACGCCCACUUUGGGAUCCACGAGGAGAUGCUGAAGGACGAGGUGCGCACGCUCACGUACCGGAACUCCAUGUACCACAACAAGCACGUGUUCAAGGACAAGGUGGUGCUGGACGUCGGCAGCGGCACCGGGAUCCUUUCCAUGUUCGCUGCCAAGGCGGGCGCCAAGAAGGUGUUUGGGAUCGAAUGCUCCAGUAUUUCUGACUACUCAGAGAAGAUCAUUAAGGCCAACCACUUGGACAACAUCAUCACCAUAUUUAAGGGUAAAGUGGAAGAGGUGGAGUUGCCUGUGGAGAAGGUAGACAUCAUCAUCAGCGAGUGGAUGGGCUACUGCCUGUUCUAUGAGUCAAUGCUCAACACGGUGAUCUUUGCCAGGGACAAGUGGCUGAAACCUGGAGGGCUUAUGUUUCCAGACCGGGCAGCUUUGUACGUGGUAGCAAUUGAAGACAGACAGUACAAGGACUUCAAAAUCCACUGGUGGGAGAAUGUCUAUGGCUUUGACAUGACCUGCAUCCGGGACGUGGCCAUGAAGGAGCCCCUGGUGGACAUCGUGGAUCCAAAGCAAGUGGUGACCAAUGCCUGUUUAAUAAAGGAAGUGGACAUUUACACGGUGAAGACGGAAGAGCUGUCGUUCACGUCUGCCUUCUGCCUGCAGAUCCAGCGCAACGACUACAUCCAUGCCCUGGUCACCUAUUUUAACAUUGAAUUUACCAAGUGCCACAAGAAAAUGGGGUUUUCCACAGCCCCUGAUGCCCCCUACACCCACUGGAAGCAGACUGUCUUCUAUCUGGAAGAUUACCUCACUGUCCGGAGGGGGGAAGAAAUCUAUGGGACCAUAUCCAUGAAGCCAAAUGCCAAAAAUGUGCGGGACCUUGAUUUCACAGUAGACUUGGAUUUUAAGGGACAGCUGUGUGAAACAUCUGUGUCUAAUAACUACAAAAUGCGCUAGCACACGUGGAUGCUGCAGACAGCGGGAGCAAGGAAGCUCUCCCGGAUCUGCGGCACUGUCGCAGGAGUACUGUUUGCAGGACUGCACACUCAGAAACCAGAGUUUUAAAUUCUGCCUUCAAGAUUGGUGAACUCACCGGGGGUCCUGUGGGUCCUGGCCCUGGAUGGAGAGCCCCCAGCUCCCCAGCUCUGCUGUGGGAGCCCUUCACAAAGGCUUUGUUGUGGCCGACAGAGCCAGCUCGAGUGCUGCGGCUGGCCCGAGGGUGGAAGAGUGCACAUGUAUACCCAUCGUCCUCCCCCUACAGGGACCUCCGGAUCCCCCGAGUUUUGCAUGCUGCGGGCAUCUAGGACAGGCUGCUUCACUAGAACCUGGAGACGUAGUGUCUUGAUAGCAUAAGCCAGAUUCCCUGUGUGUGCACCGGCGUGUGUGUGCGCGCGUGAACAGCAUAGAUGUUAGUUUAUUUACCCACAACACCGGUAUAUGCGUGCAUAUACAACCAGGUGGGUACACUUCUGUGUUCAUUCAGGGGUGUGUAUGUACGUGUGUGUGCGUGUGUAUGUAGAAUACAUAUUACUCUCGGAGGAGAUUCUGUUGCUUUUGAAUAGGAGUUUGUUUUGUGAUUAGUUCUCCUCUCCCUCGUUCCUUACAGAUGUUAAGCAGCUAAGAAACGUUCUCUGUACUAGCUCUGGUCUGCUUUUGACUAGACCGUGGCUCCAAACCCUGAGCAUAGUACCAUGUACUCUGUGGGCGCUCAAUAAAUGCACAUGAGA